UUUCCAGCCACCGGCGCUGUUUUUUGACUCUUAACACAGCGAAAGGCUGCCCAGCCCUCACGAAAGGAUCCCUGCGCGUCCCGCCGGAGGCGUCGGCGCAAUCCCAGGCAGCCACGAGCGGCCGCACUUGAGACAGCCCCACAAGUGGCAGCCGCGCACCCCAGCGUGCGCGUUGCAGCGAAUAAAUACACGACACGAUGGCCGACGACUGGGGCCAGUCAGCACCAACAACAGAAGAAACCCCGAACUACGUCCUGCCCCAAUCGUUAAAGCGGCCCGCGAUCCUCGACUUCCGAGAUCCAACCAUGGAGGGUCAAGCGAAAGCAUUGCACGCGCUAGAAAUUAGAAGAGUGUGUGCUUUAGCGGAGUCCGUUUUGAGAGAUGAAGCGUGGGUCCGGAACUUACCACCUAGCUACGACGACCCUCUAAACGGCCUCACGGUGAGUGUCGCCGAGGAGCCCUGCAAAAUUGCAAGGGGCGUGCCCUUCGAGACCGUGUUUACUGUCUGUAGAGCGGGCUGUGCGAAGCGCUACGCCAAGAUCCUGAAGGCUGUGGUCGACGUGACGGCCGACGACGUCGUAGACAUGGUUCGGUCGCAGCUGUCGACGGACGACGCGCCGGAUUUGCAUCAUGUCUACGGGUAUAUUGAGGGUAUGGAACGGGCCGUGGCGACGCCCUACGUUCCCGACGAGGAGCCGGUCGAGGAACCGACGUACAUGACGGAGACGGGCGCGUCCCUCCCGAAUCCGGACGCCGAGGAGCACUACCUCGUCGACAUGGUCUGCGACCCGGCGUCGCUGCCCGGGCCCAUCCGACGAGCUCUCAUGCUACAGGGUAAAACUUAAACAUCAC